UUUCCUCUUCAUCCAUGUAUUUUUUACCUUAUUAACAGAUUGGAUGGAAAAAAAAGUUAUUGUGGGCCCUAUUAAAAUUUUAACGGCGGAAAUCAUUAUCCUCACUGCUAUUUUUAGUGUGGUCCAUUUGACCUUUGGAUAAGAUUCAUUUUUUUCAUAAUACUCUAAAAUAAUAUCUAAAAAUGGAUGAACGGUGUGGAUAUAAUAAAUACAUCAUUGUGGGGCCCAUUUAACUUUGAUCUCCUUUGAACCGUUCGUUGUCGCUCAUCUUCGCAUGACAUUUAUCUACACCAGCCAAUCCGCUUCCAUCCUGUAACCCAAACCUCUGACUUGUGUGGAUCCGACAGAAACGUCCAACUAAAACAUCCACAUCCACUCCUGAUACCCUCAUCUCUCACUCUCUCCACGUUCCUAACUCCCGUAUCCCACUCAAACAUAACUUCUCUCUCUAAGUCUACGGAAAGGCUUUUCAUUUCAUUUCAAAAGAAGGUAUUAUUCUUGUUGUAAAAAGCAAAAGAAAAACCAUCCAGCAUCAAGAAUCAGGUAUGGCUAGAAAAAGAAAACAAGACUGGCUUUCUCUUUCUAUUAGCCCCACCACACCACCCUCUUCCGCACCAUCUUCUCACUCCCUCCACCACCCACAACAAGAUCCAUCCAACCACCUCCCUCCUUCUGCCCGUCAGCAACACCCAUCUAACUACGUAGCUCCUUUCCCAGAAGCAGAUGGUCAGACCCCAUCCACCACCUUCACCUUCACCGCCGCAUUGCUGCAGAGGCAAGACCCACCACCUCCUCCUCCUACCAGGGUGCUGCGGCUUCAAGAUCGAUCCGCAACCAAUGUAGUGAAUCAGCACGCCCACCCACCGCGCCGACGCACCACACGCACCCAAGCUCCACGUGGCGGCAAGGACAUUCACGUGCCUCCACCGUUCCCGUGGGCCACCAACCUCCGCGCUACCGUUCGCAGCCUCAACGAGCUCAGAUCGCUCGGCAUCAACACGAUCCAGGGCGAGGUGCAAUGCAAGAGGUGCGAGAGACGAUAUGAGAUCGAGUUUGACCUAAUGACCCAGUUUGAGGAGAUUUCAGAAUACAUAAGAAAGAAUAAGAGAAAGAUGAAUGAUCGAGCGCCUCUGGAAUGGAAGGAUCCGAAGCUGCCUGAUUGCAGACUAUGCGAACAAACCGACUGUUUGAAGCCUGUGAUCUCACCAAAGAAACGUUCUAUCAAUUGGCUCUUCUUGCUGUUGGGAAAGAUGCUUGGCAUUUGCACUCUUGAGCAGUUGAAGUACUUCUGCAAGCAUAACAAGAACCAUCGAACGGGUGCAAAAGAUCGGGUCCUCUAUCUUACGUAUCUUGGUCUUUGCAAACAGCUCUAUCCAGACGUCGUGUUCGAAUGGUGUUGAGAUCUUCACUUUCUUUGAAUUUGAUUUUCCAUUCGAUGAUUUAUUUGGGUGUUUGGAGUUUGUUGAUAUCCAUUGUGGCCUACUUUUUUAGAUGGUCCAUAUGGAGGAUAUUGUUGCCCAAUAAUCAUGCUUGCCAUCCUUUUUUAGAGUUGAA